AUGUCCUCGCCUUGCGAUUCACCACCUGAUCGGCUCUCCUCGAAGUUUCACGUUUCCACGAAAGCCUCGUGGGCUUUAAAGCUUGCCCUUGGUGGCGAAGACCAUGUUGAGGAGAUUCGCAGCCCAAUAACCGAUGCCAAGGCAAUAAAGAACCCCACCGAAAUGAAUGGUAUGCGAGCUUGCCAUAUUCGAGAUGGCGUUGCUCUCAUUAGAUUUUUCGCCUGGUUGGAGAACGAAUUAGUUCAUGAAAGAGCCGAGAUCGACGAGGUCGAUGCUGCGACGAGGUUGGAGGAGUUGCGGCGCGAACAAGACAACUAUGUGGGCUUAUCCUUUAGCACUAUCUCCUCAACCGGAGCCAAGAAUCUCCUUGAUAUUGCCCUUCUCACCGAAUCUGAGAAGCGCUGGUUGAACAACUACAAUGAUGAAAUACUGGGAAAGAUGAAAGAGCUGGUCAAAGGCGACUUGCGGGCACUGGCAUGGCUUGAGCGACAGACGCGCCCGGUUUAA